UUUUAUCUUUCUCUCUCUUUCUUUCCGAGAAACCCACUUUUCCUUUAAAAACCAUAUUCUCAAAUGAAAUCUCUAAGAACUCAUCCUUAAAUAGCUCUCGAGUUGAAUUUAUCUCUCAUUAUUUUUCUAAUAUUACCUUUUGGAAAUAUAUUAUUAUUAUGGAAAAUAAUAUCCAUAAGCUACUCAGUAGUAGUGAUACAGCUCAUCAAGGGAAAAAAUCAACAAAAUUUCCCAACAAAACGAAGAAAAGUAUCAACAAGCAAAAGCCACCGGUCAAAGUAGUUUAUAUCUCGAAUCCAAUGAAGGUGAAGACCAGUGCCUCUGAGUUUAGGGCUUUGGUUCAAGAACUCACUGGGCAAGAUGCUGAGUUCCCAGACCCCACCAAGUUUGAGGCCGCCGACAAAGAAGAAGACUAUGGUACCGAAGAUCCAACGGCCAAGAUGGGAUCAGAAGAUCAUGACGUUGAUCUUGUGGUGGAGAGUUCAAGUACGACUACUACUAGUACUACUACACCAACUAGUAAUAAUAAUACAGCUUCUUAUUAUGAGAUGUUUGACGACGACGUUUUCAUGCCCCAGAUGAUGGAUAGCUUAUCCGGGAUAUUUCCAUCUACUGUUUGGUAUGACUCUCCUCAAGUACUUGAUGUUAUUAGAUCAGCUACCCUUGAUGCUAGCUGUGAUGUAAAUUAAAUAUAUAUAUAUAUAUCUAUGUAUAUAUAUAUAUGUGCUAGUUGAUCAGAUGCAUUAUUAUUUUCCCAUUUCAGUAUAAUUUGUAUUUGGAAGAAAUGAAAAAUUAUAUAUAUGGUCUCUAGUGAUAUAACCAUCGAUAUCAUGUUGUUUAAUUAAUUAGCUUAUCUUCUAUUAAUUAUUCUCCCUUGUUAUUAUUUUUCCAUUUUGGAACUGAAUGAAUCUCUCAAUUAAUUAAUAUAUGUGGUCUGGUCUUUAUUAGAUUGUUUUAUAUCCUAA